AUGAGAAAGCCAAAAACGGCAGUCCGAGAAACAGGAGAAGCCGAGAUUAAAAGUAAUUCGUUUUCGCCGGUUGAUUUAAAUUGUGGGAAAAUUGACCCCAUUUUGGGUACAGCAAUUUGCGAUUUGAGAAGAGUAAUUAAUUGCCUGGAUACUAACGAGGGAAAAAAAAUAAAAGCGACAAAAAAACCAAGCAGAGAACAAAAACUUAGUAAACUAUUAAAAUUAACAACACUAGUUAUUGUUUCUCCUGUGUCUUCUACAAGUCUAACAGAAUUAGCAAGAGAAGAAACGCUUUCAGAUUCAGAUUCAUUUCCGUUUUCAUUUUCGUUGGUUAUGGCAAGUCUUUUUAUAUUUGUUGAUUCAAAAAAAUCCGAAAAAGUCGGAGAAAAAACCAGAGCAUUAAGAAAAAAAGUUAAUGAGUUGCGUCAGUUAAGAAAUCAAUUAAGCCAGAGUGGUUCGGAAAAUGCUAACCAAGUUCUAAAAUUAAAAAAGGAACUCUCUCUUAACGCCCCCAAUUUGCUCGCUUUGGACCAAGAAGUUAGUGAUUUAUUGUCCCGGCUCCCUAAUUUACCUAGUUUUGGCCUUCCGAACCGAGAAAACAAAAUCAUUGCUAAAACUGAAUAUUCGCAUGACCUUAAACAUAACUUUACUCAUGAGAAAAUACUAAGAAAGUUGGCCCUAAUUGACGAAGAAAAAAGUAUUCUUCUGUCGGGAAGCAAAUUUGCGGUUUAUCAAGGAUUUGGUAGCCAAUUAUUACAUGCCCUUAUUAAUUUUAUGCGGAGCGAAAAUAGUAAGCGGGGCUAUCGUUUGUUUGACACUCCUUAUUUAGUCAAGGCUCACAAUCUUUAUAAUACCGGUCAAUUUCACAAGUUCCAAGAUAAUCUUUAUAAAUUGGAGGAUAGCGAUUUUUAUCUCCUGCCCACUGCCGAAGUGUGUUUAGUCAAUCUUUACCAAAACCAAAUAUUAACCGAAGGGGAAUUGCCUCUUAAUUUGUGUGCUUAUAGCCCCUGUUUUCGGGCGGAAAGAAUGGCUGCUGGACAAGAAAAUAAAGGCUUAACUCGUCUCCACCAAUUCCAUAAAGUUGAAUUGGUUAAGAUUGUUAAGCCAGAGAAUUCUUACCAGGAAUUAGAAGCAUUAGUGGCCGAUGUUCGCCACUUGCUUCAUUCCUUAAAAAUUUCUCAUCGUGUAGUGGAACUUUGUAAUGAAGAAUUAGGUUUUAGUGCGGCCAAAACUUACGAUUUAGAAGUUUGGUUGCCGGCCAGUAAAAAAUGGCUAGAAAUCUCCUCUUGCAGCAAUUGCGAGGAUUUUCAGAGCCGCCGAGCUCAAAUUCGGAUUAAAAACCAGGAAGGAAAAAAAUAUCUUCCUCAUACUCUUAAUGGUUCGGCUUUGGCCGUUGACCGCUUAAUUGCUACUCUUUGCGAAUAUUAUUAUAACGAGAAAGAAAACCGCUUGAUUAUUCCCGAGGUUCUUAAAAGUUACUUCGUUUUUUAG